CCCAGCUUUCAUUCAAAAUCCUAACUGUUCAUGUUCCUAUUUUGCGUCUGUGUUUAGCUUGCUGUUCAGUUUACUAAUUGAAAUACGUAGUUGUUAUCCUGUAGAAUGGCGUCAAUUCCCGAUGCUUCAUGGCAACCACCUUUUGCAGUACUUCAAACUACCAUGGGAGAACUUGUCAUAGAGUUGUAUUGGAACCAUGCUCCCAAUACCUGCAGAAACUUUGCAGAACUUUGCCGUAGGAAUUAUUAUGCAGGCACAAAAUUUCAUCGUAUCAUCAGAGAUUUUAUGAUUCAAGGUGCUGGCAUACUAUCCAUGGCAAAUUCAGGACCAAACACUAAUGGAUCUCAGUUCUUCAUAACCCUAGCCCCAACACAAUGGCUGGAUGGCAAACACUCCAUAUUUGGAAGGAUACACUCAGGCAUGUCUGUUGUGAAACGGAUUGGGUUUGUUGAAACCGAUAAAGAUGACAGGCCAACUGAUGAAGUGAAAAUUAUAAAAUGUACUGUCAAAUAUGAAUGAAGAAUAUAGCUGAUUUCAGUACCCAA